CAGAAUCCCCUUCUCGAUCCGAUCUCUCUCUUCCUCUCCCCCUCUCUUCCCCUCCCUCUCUCUCUCCGAUGGCCUUUUCUCGCUCGUUACAGAGUCCCAGUUGGCUUCCAGGGGCCACUGCCAUAUCGAAUUCCAUCCACCCUCUCUGAUUUUCCACAAAGAUUCACUUUGCUUACUCGCAAAAAUCCAAUGGGUCUUUCUCAAUUCUUUCCCUCCAUCGAUUGGGAGCAUGAAUCCUACCCAGAAUAUCGAGAUUUUGCAGUCCUUCCACUGUUCGCACUCUUCUUCCCCACUGUUCGUUUCUUUCUCGACCGAUUUGUGUUUGAGAAAUUAGGGAGACAGUUGAUUUUUGGGAAAGGAAAGCAGAAACUGGCUGUUGAAACAGAUGACAGGAGAAAGAGAAUACGAAAAUUCAAAGAAUCAGCAUGGAAAUGUGUUUAUUUCCUUUCUGCAGAGAUUCUGGCACUUUCUGUCACUUAUAGAGAAGCUUGGUUCACUGACACUAGAUCCUUUUGGUUGGGGCCAGGAAAUCAGGCCUGGCCUGACCAGAAAACCAAGUUGAAAUUGAAAGGAUUAUAUAUGUAUGAUGCUGGGUUCUACACAUACUCUAUAUUUGCUCUAAUUUUCUGGGAAACAAGGCGCUCUGAUUUUGGGGUAUCAAUGAGUCAUCAUGUUGCCACUGUCAUUUUAAUUGUGCUUUCGUAUAUAUUAAGGUUUGCUCGUGUUGGCUCAGUUGUUUUAGCAAUUCAUGAUGCCAGUGAUAUAUUUCUGGAAGUAGGGAAGAUGUCUAAAUACAGUGGUGCUGAAACUCUUGCCAGCUUCGUGUUUAUUCUUUUUGUUUUGUCUUGGAUCAUUCUUCGCCUAAUCUACUAUCCAUUUUGGAUCCUCUGGAGUACAAGUUAUGAAGUUGUCCAGACCUUGGACAAGGACAAGCACAAAGUGGAUGGACCAAUUUACUAUUACGUGUUCAAUUCUCUUCUUUUUUCUUUGCUCGUCCUUCACAUUUAUUGGUGGGUGUUGAUGUAUCGGAUGCUUGUCAAGCAAAUAAAAUCAAGAGGCCAAGUUAGUGAUGAUGUUCGAUCUGAUUCAGAAGGUGAAGAAGAACACGAAGAUUGAUCAUUGCAAAGAUUUGUAGUCCACCAGUUUGAUGUAGAAAGAAGUUAGGAUUUUAAAACUCGUAGAUGCAUGCUCAAUGUUAUAUCAGAUCCAUUUAUUGACAAAACCCGAUGCGAAAGCAGGACGGGGAGGAUAGCAAAUGUGCAAAAAUUUCCUCAAUAGUUUGAAGAUUUGUCUCAUGCAACAUUGCUUAAGCUUGUAAACCUGCCAGCUUAACAGGAAUUGUUGCUAGGAAAGCUCAUAAUUGGCUAGAGAUUGUAAUAUUGCAGUGAAUAAUUAGUCACUCUUUCUUCCUUUCUUCAUCUCCCUCUUCCUCUUGUUACCCAGAAGCCUUGAUCUAAGUGGUUUUCAUUUUCAGAACCUCAACCUUAUACCAGCCUGUAAUGGUUGAGCUACAGAUCCUUACACUAGUUUCGUUUUCCAAUUUACUUAUUGCUGAGUGAAGCAGCCUGCAAUUCUACUCUCAUUCAUUAUUUUAUGUAA